AUGUCCUUCCUGGAGCCUAUAGUCAAGCUUUCUAAUGCUGUCAAUAGCAUAAAUGAAAAGUAUAUGGCAUUGACCUAUCAAGAGCAGAGCGAUCUCACUAUCUUUGGAAGAUUACGGUAUUACAAUUGGACUUUCGAAGCAUGGGCUUUGGGAGCUGUGGCAUUGGUUUAUGCUACCUAUUUAUUUGGUACUAGAGUCAAUAAGAGUCGCGCUUCUCAAUUGUUUCAAGCCUUGGCUAAGGGAUUUGAGGACCUUGCCUUUGCUAAGAUUGGAUUUUCCACUAACACCGCGAAAAACGAGCUGUUCGUUGCUGAGAAUAACAAUACCUGGUUCACGAGCUUUGUCACUGGUCGUGCUUGUAUUGAGAGCAUUACAGUUCGGGCGCACUUGCUUGCACGUUUCAACCCAAUGUCAAUUUUGAUGGAAAAAGUGCUGGGCUUGUUUUUCUCUAGCCUCGUUGCCGACGCCUUAGACGAAUUUGUCGAGGUCACCAUUGUGCCCAACGGCGUAUACGUGACAAGCUCUGCAGCCGAUUUGCCAAAGGAAACUAACGCAUCCGCCAAUGUGGUCUCGAAGUUCAAAUUUAUCUCUUCUAUUGUGAACAAAGGUGAUAUGACUAAAGCCCGCGAAGAUAACUAUUUUCUGUCUCUAACCCAUACUUCUGAGAGCGAAAAACUACCAUUUGAGUACGUCUUCAUGUCUGAAAGUAAUCAAUUGAGCUCCAUUUUCGAGCACUACGGUGGCCCUGAGUUCAAGCAAUUGUUAAGCCGGUGCGCUCACUUCCUAUCCUAUGUUGCCUUUACCGACUUGCCUGAAGAAAAGCCAGUUACCGACAAAUUGUGGGAACGCAGCCAACAACCUAGAUGUAUUAUUAAGACUAAAAUGGUCACGGGUUCGGUCGACCUUGCAAGUUUGAAUGAACUCAUCAAGGCCGUUGUAAACAUUUUUGAUUCCGCCUCCCAAGAGUACGCUCAGAAUCCAGCUAAAGCCUUUGUUACCAACGAUAUGCUAAGAAAGUCUGCAAACUUGCGUUCUCAAGAACUUGCCAAAAUCGCGAAAGUUAUGAAGCAAGCCGAAAGAGACUUGCUGCAAGAGAAAAAGCAAGACCAAGAAAGAGAAAAAAGACGCGAUUUGAGAAGUAAGAUGAGUGGAGAAGAGCAGGAUAGGUUGGAACAAAAAAUGCGUGAAAAAAGAGAAAGACGCCAGCGUAACAGACAAAAGGUUCGCAUGUAA